AUGAUCCUAAACGCUACCAAAGUGUGGGUGUGUGACUUCCUCCUCGGUUUCAUCUACCCGCCGUACUUUUACAUCUUCACGACGCUCUCAGAGACGGCUCAGAUGGCUUUUGCGCUGUUAUUGCCCGUCAUUAAGGUGGCAACGAGGAACCUCUUCGCGCUGACGAUAACGCACCUGAGCGACGAGGUGCCGGAGAUCGUGGUCUUCAACUGCGACGCGUUUAACGCGCUCUUCGUUGCGUAUUGGAUGCAGACCUCACCCACUCUUAGGACGACGUUGGAGAUAAUGAUUGUGGAUUCUUCAUGA